AUGGUCAGUGAAAACUAACAGGUCCUUUCCCUCCACAGAACACCUAUGUGCUGCUCAUCAGAAUGACUCUGCCUAUGACAGCCCAGACCCGGAAGCAGAAAGCAGCCCCCAUACCUCUCAGUUGGAGCAGCCCAAAGGGAGGAGCAUUAGUGUGAGCAGAAGACACCCAACACACAUCUCAUCCCCUUCACUGGAUAACCUCAGAAAUUACAUCAGCACGAUGGACAGGAGGUACUCAGCGCCAGACCUGUUCUUCCAGAACCACCUUGAAGGCAGGAUAAGGAAACAGAAACUAAACAAAAGUGAGGACAAUUUCCCGGUUCGGCAGAACCCGUUUGGGUUGGUGGCAUUGGAGAAGCAGCUUGUAAUCUUACCUUCACCAUUAUCAACUGACUCUCUAGCCAAAACAUCAUCCAGUUGCUCCCUGGAGAGCUCAGAUGGCUCGGUCUUCACCAGCUCCCCAGUAGUUUCACCUUCUAGUCCCAAAAAAGCCUUUUUAAAUAGACCACAGUCCUUUUCCACCAAGGCCACUGAAGACUGCAGCACACCUAGCAGAGAAAUCAAAAAGCAUUCCAUGUCAUUCUCUUUUGCAAACCAUAGGAAAACACUAAUAAAAACCCAGAGUUGGGGGCCUGGAAAAAACAUGGGGUUUCAGAGAGACAGUUUCACAAAGAAAGAAGAUGAGUUCUCCUGCAGAAUUGUCCAGGGGAACAGCCCUGAUGAUGACAAACCAUUGCCCGUGGCGUUUCAGCAAAGGCCCCGUUUCAGGUCAGCUGUUGAAGUGUUCAGAGAGGUAGACCAGAGGAAUCCUGGAAAACCACCCUCUUACGAAGAGGCUACCAAGAACUGCCUGGCCACUAAAAUUCCCUCCCACAAUCUCACAGUUCAAACUAUGAGAUUAAAGGUGUCACACCAGGAUGCUUUGCCACCUCAUCCAUGUAGCAGUUGUGCACAGGACGCAGCAUAUACGGCUUUAAGGGAUGUACCUAGUGGCAGAGUUCCUGCAGCAAAGGAUCUUGACAUGGAAACAGAUACCCUCAGUGUCACUGUGGGAAAAAACUCUCGUGUGAGUUUACCUGUGACCCCGGGAGUCUACCGACUGAGAGCCAUGUCUGAAUCCUGUCAAAAGAACAAACCGGAGUAUGUGGCUCGGAGGUGCAGCCAGCCAGUUUUUGAGGUAGACCAGAUCCCGUAUGCUAAGGAAUCCUAUGUAUAA